AUGGCGACUACUUCCGUACCUGCGCCCGCACCCUCACCGGCUCCGGCCGCAGCUACAGGCGGAGCCGGAGGAUCCACACCCGGCGUCCCAGACGACUGGCCCGCCUGGGCCAAGACACUGCUCUCGCGCCCGAUGAUCGAGGUGCGCCGCGGCCUGUCGUUCGGCUACGACCCGCCGACGGAGAAGUCGUCGGUCAUCGCGCUGACGGCGCCGUCGGGCAAGAACGUCGACAUCCGCUUCUCGAUGGCGGCCGACUCGUUCUCGGCGACUGCGCCGUGGGCAUCGUCGCUGUUUGACGGGUACGCGACGGCGGGCGUCGCGCGCGCCACGCUGCCGAUUGGCACGGAGAGCUGUGUGCCGUACGAGUGCUGUGCGCAUGUCACCUGGGAGCACACUAUUGACUCGAGCUGUCAGUUUGACACCGAUGGUGCUGAUAUGUACCUUCUUGGGAAUGGGGAUGUGAUGGAGAUUGGAACCAUGGCUGAUAAGGAGGGUAAGGUAAAGAUGUUCAAGGAGUACUGGACGAAGCCCGAUCCCGACGCCAAAGUCCGGCCGUGUGUUGUCGCUGAGGCUGAAGGCCUGAGAGGGGAGAAGGGCAUGAUUAUCCGCAUUGGCGAGUAUUGUCAGGGAAUCUACCAGGGAGGGGAGUCAUUCUGGGCAGAACGAUGGCAACUUAGCCAGGACGACAAUAUCUGGCAGAAGCAUGAGAAAAGCAAGUCAAGCCCCGAGGGGUCUGAAUAUCUUCCGUGCUUGUGGCUGGUAGAGGAUGGACGAAAAUUAGAUGAUGUCGUCGAUGUAUCAGGAGGGAAAUGGAGAAUAACAGAGGCAGUGUACUAG